AUGGCCGUGCCUCCGCCACCAGCCCCACCCGCGCCGCCCCCAGCGCCCAUCGCGAAGCUGGGUGGCAGCAGCGGGGGCGGGGACGCGCGCAGCGCCCUUCUGCAGUCCAUCCAGAAGGGCACGAAGCUGAAGAAGACCGUGACUGUGGACAAGAGCGGGCCCGCGAUCGCGGGCAAACUCGUGAGCGACGCGGGUGCCCCAGUGAGGGCGGCGGGCAAGCCGCCGGACGACGCGCCAAAGCUGGCGGGGAUCUUCGGGGGAAUGUCGUCAAUGCCAAAGCUAAAACCCGUGGGAUCGAGAGGACCGGGACAGGUGAGUCCAUUGUCGCCAGCGAAGGACGUGGUGGACAGCGAUGGAAGCCGGAGCGAACGGGUAAAUGACACUGUAGCUCUGGAUUUCAAUUCUGAGCUCACAAAGCAUUUAACCCUGAAAAAGCAGAAGCAGCAGAAGGGCGUCACGGAGGCCAAUUUGAAGAUCAAUCGUGGGCCUCCGCCGAAUCCACCGCUGAAAACCAGCACAAUUACUCCUCCGGACAGUGACGCGUCGAGGAGCGCCCCGUCGCACUCUCCGGAGGCCAGACGGUAUCCUAGUGCGGCCACGGAAGUGAUUUCAAGCAGCGCAGUGGCCAACAAGUCGUCGCUGUUCAACAACAUGGGCAGCCAGUCGCAGCAGAUGCACAAACCAAAUCACGGAAAGCCAAAUCUGGCACCAAAGCCACCAGGAGCGCCGCCAGGAAGCGUGGGGAAGUCGGUGGCGCGGCAUCACAGCAUGAAGUCACCCAGAUCACCUCCGGUGACGCCAUCGAACCUGGGAGGUCCUGUCUUUCCCACUGGGAGUCACUUUGGCACGCUGAGGGGCACGCAGCAGUUAUUCCAGUCACAAGAAUCCAUUCACGUCAACGGAAGGCCUUCUGGACGUCCGACUGUGGCUCCACCACCGCGGCCACCGGCCAGCCGCCCUCCGCCGCCGCCAAUUCGCAGUGUAAGCAAUACAAAUCUCUCCAAUCUGCCGUCUGGAUCGCUGUCGACGCCCAUUGCUGAUCCGCAGGCCAAUUCGUCUUCGCUGAACAACGUGUCGGCGCUGAAGGAGCAGCUGAAGACGCAGAUUCCACUCGCGGGCACGCUAUCGCGGCCCAGUGAGCCCAAGGUGGUGAACGGCAGCGUCGCCCCACCAUUGCCACCUCAUAGAACAUGUCCAGCGCCUCCGCCACCCGUUACGCGACAAGUCAAUAACGCCAGCAAUGUUCCUCCAGUGCCGCCACAGAGGCACUCCUCGAUCAGGAAUUCAUCGGGUACGAGCAUGAGUGGGACGUACGGCGGCGAGACGGCGACGGUGGAGAGUAACGGACGCCUGGUGGUGGAUCUGGAGGCGCGAUACGCCGUGAUGUUCCGCAGCGUGACGGAAUUCCCGCGGCCGCAGCCGUUCGCCAACAUCCCCAAAAUCUACGCGAGCUCCCACACGAGCAGAACGUCAAAUGGAGGAGUGUUUUGAGCGAGUAGUGCAUGAUGGAGAGCGCAUGAUAUGGAGUAGGUUUUAAGACUUAUUUUGUACUCUUUAUUUCUUAUUCAUCAGCUCGAGGGCAUUUAUAGCUAUGAUUUAAUUCCGGAAAAGGGAUCGUUUAUUCUCAGUUGCGACAGAGUGAUUAUUUAGUUUUCCGAAUGAUUUAUCAGUGUUAAUAGCACAGUUAGAAACAGUGUUGAUUAAAUUAAAAUAAAUAUGCACUAAUCAUUGAAUGAAGUUAGAAAUGUCAUUAAAUAUUCUCAGAUUACCUACUUUAGUGCUUAGUUUGAUGGUUUAAUUCCAAUAGACCCCCAAAAAAGAACAGAAUGCACUUUAGAACACAAUCAUUUGACAUAUUUUGUAGCACUUAAAUCUGUUUUUUUCUUAAAUUGAUUUAUGUAAUUCCAGUUAUUAAUAAUAAUUACAUGUAAAAGAUCGUUUUAAACAAUGUGAAUCGCAACUGGGAAUUGAACAGCUGUCAGGCUGACAGUAAAUUAACUGUCAAUGUCAAAUUGGCUGCUGAAUGACCCCUUUUUCACACAUUUCACAGUAGAUUACUUGUAAUUAAUUUCUUCCUCAUUAAUUUCUGCAUAUGAAAAUCAUUUUUAUGUAUUCACAAGCGAAUAAAUUUUCUCGCUGACCAUUUUUAUCAAACAUAUAAUUUAGCUUGUGCGUGUGUAGAUGUAUAAAGGAGAGAAGCAUAUUUUUUUUAGUGACAGAUAAGAGCGUAGAAGUGCUUUGUACAUUUUGAUAAAUCGAGAAAGAUGAUGAUAAAUGUCUUUAUGUGCGAUUGAAAGAGAGAGAGAGAGAAACCCACGUUCUUUUAUCAUUUUGCAUACGCGAUAAAAGUUGGAGAGUCGCGCAAACAACGAGCCCCAAAGCCUCCGAUUCAGCAGCAGUGUUCGCCAAAGCUCAAUGAAUACAAUUACUAUUCGCGCGAGAUAUCAAAUUGCUAGAGGGUGAAUCGCUGAGGUGGUGUUUUUGUACAUAAACAAGGAGGAAGGAUAGGCAUUUUCUAGAUGAUUUGGUUUUUAUAUCCUUUGUUUCUCUUUCUGAAUGUUCUUCUAGGGUAAAUAUUUUACCGUGUGAGAUGAUGAUGAGAAAGAAAUUCUACACAAUACAAAGAAUUGUAGCCUGUUUGAGAUAAUUGAAAGAAGGAAUUCAUCGAAGAGUGUGAAAAUCCUCAACAAUAAUAUUGAAAUAGAGUUAGUAGAUAAAUUCCACAGAGGUUUUAUUAUUAUUUAAUCUUUAAUUUUUCUCUUGUGUAUUAUUUUUUCUUCGGGUUGUACUUAAAAAGAAAUGGGAUUUUUCUGUAUGGUUUUCUUGUGAGGGAAAUAAAAAGAAAGAAAGGAAGAUGAGGAAGAAAACUAUGGAAAUGUAUUAAUGUUAACCGAUGAAUAAUCAGAGGAAUUAUAUUAUAAUUUAGUGGUGAGGAAGUGAAAGAGAGAGAAAGCAAAAACUAGUGUUUAUUUGAUAGUUUUUAACUACUUACAAAAUAUUUUCCUGUAUUUGAAAACUAAUUGUUAUAUACUUUUUUUUGUAAUAAUUUCGGAUGGAAGAAUGUUGUAUUUUUCGCCAGUUACGCAUUAUAAGCAAUUGUAUUUUACAACAUACACAUUAUUUUCCGGCGACGCGUUAUCUAAAGAAGAGGAAAAAGUUUAUAAAUUUAAAUACUAGUCAAAUGAAAAAUUUUAAUAUAACAAUAAUAAAAUGAUUAUAAUCCAAAAAG